AACAACCACCCCCUCAAAGGAAGUUUCCUCCCCUCCCUCUAAAAAUAACCCCCUUUUACUUUGUUUAUCUUUACUGUUGCUUUCUCUUUGUUAGGCUUUGCUUUAGGGCCUGUUUCAACUCUUUAAAACCCACAAAAGUCGCACCAAGUUUCAUUUAAUGCUCUCCUUCCACCCACUUGCAAUCGCUCUUACACUCUCAUCUCAGUUAAUUUUCUGAAAUAAUGGAGAUUGGUAAUGGCUGCAUUUCAAAGAAGAGAAAGUUGGUUGAAGAAGGGUCCUUGGAUGAGCUUAAUGAAGACCUUUUAGAAAGGGUACUUUCAUGGCUGCCAACUUCAACGUUGUUUCGCCUCGGUUCAGUGUGCAAGAGAUGGAAAUCAAUGGCGGAUUCUCAAAGUUUCAAGCUUGCUUGCUCAAGGAUUCCUUCAAGGGAUCCAUGGUUUUACAUGGUGGACGCCGAUCUUAAUCGAUCGAUUGUCUUUGAUUCCGCCAAGAGUAGUUGGAAAAGACUCAACCAUCCGUCUCUACUAUUGCGUGAUCAUAACCGCGACUCCAUCCCGGUUGCAGCGUCCGGUGGCCUCGUUUGUUUUAGAAACAUGUCUGGCGGUUACAUCGUAUGCAAUCCCGUGACUGGAUCUUGUCGCGAACUGCCUCCCGUGGAUCCGGGUCAGUCCCUUCUUGCUAUUGCAAUGAAUGCAUAUUCCAACUACCAUGGUUCAUACAAGCUAGUGUUGGUCUCUGGUGAUCUUCCAAAACUUUCGUUUAAAGUUUAUAACUCGAUUACCGAUUGCUGGGAAGAAGAGAUUAUGUUGAGGAGAAACGCCGAUGAUUGUACCAAAUCCAACGACAACGACGAGGAUGCCGUUUACUUCCUUAGUACAGCCGGAAACGUAGUGGUAACCAACAUGCAAAGAAGCCCUUCCAAGCAAUAUUCAUCAGUGUUUACACUUAAAGAUGGUGAAGAGAUUGUUUAUUUCCUCACCUCCUCAGGCAGAGUAAUCGCUUGCAAUCUUACCCGAAAGUGUUUCUCCGAAUACCCAAGACUGUUGCCGGUCUUCUCCGAGUACUCCAUCGACGUGGUGGAGUGUAAAGGAGAGAUGUUGGUCGUAGUGUUAUCCGAAUUCUUCGAAAGUGCUAGCCUUAGGGUAUGGCGAUAUGAUCCAAAAACGAAGACAUGGAAUCAGAUUGCAGCGAUGCCGCCUGCAAUGUCACACGAGUUUUACGACAAGAAGUUGGACAUAAACUGUGUUGGUGCUGGUGAUCAGGUCUUUAUCUGCUUAAGCUCUGCUGAGCUUUGCAGCUAUGUUCUGUACGAUUUUGUGACGAACCGAUGGGUGGAAUUGCCUGAAUGCUCGGUGAACGGUGAAUCAUUGGAGUUCAUGUCUGCGUUGUCGUUUGAGCCGAGGAUCGAGGCUUUGGUAUGAAAAAAACAAUGGUGUGAAUUGUAAGCAGUGGUUUAAAAGGGAUUUGAGUAUUGACAUUGCUUCAUUUUAUGUUGUUUUUUCUAGUAUUCAUUGAGUAUUUGUUCUGUUAUUUGAAUUGUUUAAGCAGAUUAGCCCACAAAAGUUGGCAUACAAUCAUAUUAUGAUGUAAUUUGUUGAAUGUAUUCAUGAGAUUAUGCUUUGAGACUA